AUGUAUCAUUUCCCAAACGACCCUGUCCUGGCGAGGUUGCUCAUUGCAGCAAAUCGGACUCCAGGAUCAAAAAUCGUCGUCCACGAUGCAUACGGCUAUGAGAAAACUUACCUACAUUUGCUUGGAGAUAUUAUACACAUGCGUAGUGUCCUCACACAGCGUCUAGCACCAUCCCCUGUCGCUCCCAACUGGCUCUUAAAGAAUGACUCUCGAUAUGUAGGCAUUCUGUCAAAGAGUGCCUAUGAGUUUCUAGUCUCCUUUUUUGCCAUCCGUUCUAUUGGUGGCACCCCAAUACUCUUGAGCUCUGGUAUCCUCCCAGAGGAGGCACAUUAUCUCCUCUCAAAGGCAGAUUCGCGAUGUAUUUGCGCAAGUAGAGGCUGCUUGGGAAAGGUAGCUGAAAUUGCCGCCUAUAUGAACGCACAAAGCACCACUGAGUUCUUGACCAUGCAAACAUCUUGCGAUGCGGAGGCUAUCAGGAGCAUAGAUAGUAUCAGGAUCCAUGACACAACUCAAUUGGCUACCGAUGGCCCUGGUGUGGUGCUGUUCACCUCCGGUACCACUGGGCGUCCGAAGAUGGUCGUGCUUCCCAGACGAUGCUUUGCAUACCCCGAGCUCGCUCCAUUGGGCAGUGCAACUAUUAACUACCGGCCUAUCCACUGGAUUGGUGGUGCGAGAUGUCUUCUAGAAGCCAUUGUAACUGGAGUGGAGUUAUUCACCUUGGAAGAGAAAUCUAUUUCCGCCUCAAUUCUAGAGAUGUUUCAGAACCAUAAGAUUACUCAUAUGUCCUUCAGUCCCAUGACAUUACGCCGAUUAAAAUCAGAACUUAUUGCCAGGAUGGAAGAAGAACCAGAGACCAAUUAUGCUAGCUGGUUUAGUGGCCUAUCUAAGAUAAAAUGUGGUGGGAGCAUGGUUGAAUCGUCAGCAAUAGAAUUCUGGACGACUUUGACAGGGCGGCCUAUAGAAAUUUUCUACAGUGCAACAGAGCUGGGGGGGCCUUCAAUUAAAGGAAUCCCAAUCAUGCCUAAUGCGAUAGGCACCCCACUAGCAGACGUUAAGGUGAAGCUUUCGCAAGGUGAUCGUGGCGAAAUUCUCAUCAAAAGCCCAAGAAUGUUUACCCACUACCUGGGUGAUGAAGAGAUAACCAAGCAGUCAUUUGAUGACGAGGGAUAUUACAGGACAGGAGAUCUUGCUGAGCUUAAAGACGGCCAGUUCGUAUUUGGUGGCCGGGCGAACGCAGACUUUAUCAUUUACCGGUUCUCCAAGAUCCCAGCACUACUAGUUGAAAACAGUUUGCUCGACCUGCCUUACAUCUCGCAGGCUUGCGUCCUCGGCAUCCCACACACGGUAGCAAAGGAGCUUUGUGCUGCUAUUAUUCGCUUGCACCAAGAUGCUAAUACAGUGCUGGAUCAAAUCACGUUUGACCAAAUCCGUUCAGACCUGGCGAAAACGUUGCCGGCGUACAUGCUUCCCACCCUUCUUCGUAUCCUGAGGGAGGACGAGGCUCUGCCACUAACGUCCAUUGGGAAGCCUAUCAAAAGGGAGAUUCGUACAGUCUUCUUCAAAACCACAGACUGGUGGUCAAUCGAGAACCCGCCGUUGGAUGUUGAAUAUUGGAAUAACAAGGCAGUCGCGUCAAUAGGCGAGAAGGACUUGCGGAGGCCGUGGGAUUGGUGCGCCCAGCAAAUUGCUGAUUGA